AUGAAGGAGCUCACAAGCCGUAAUUUUCCCCCCUGCUCUUUCUUUCCUUCCCCCCCCCUUUCUCCCUUCCUCUCCCAGCUACGACCCAUCCUUUGGAUCGUAUCCCUCCUCGUCCCCGUCACCGCCAUCGUGCAGGUAGAAACCAUUCCUCACGUCCGGGCCCAACCUCCACAGGUCGGAGGAGGCAUUUUGCAAGGAGCCCAAGACUUCGAUUAUCAGGCCCGUCUGAUGGGUCUAUGCGUUCUCCUCUCGGGAAGCCUCCUCCAUUUGACCACGCGCGGACGGGAUGCGACUGCAUUCGUAGGGAGCGGCGCAGGGCAGCUAUUUAGCGUGUGGAUGACCUUGCUCGUGUUCCAGUCCCUGCGGGCAUUGGGGUUUGCCUACCGCUUUUGGAUCGACGCC